ACAACGGUCCUCGUUCUUACGUCAUUGACAAGCGACGCUGCGUCCCAACAGGAAGCGUCUUCAAUUCAGUUGGCUUUCAGAGCUAAAGUGAGUUGAAGAACAACAAAAUGUUCAAUGACAGCGAGCUGGCGACGCUGCGGAACAGAUUCAAGAGAGAUGCGGAGCUGCUCAUGCAGACGACGACGUCGGCCGUCGAUGGCGAAAAGAGUCAGGAGGAAAAAGAUCUGAAGCCCCUUCCUCGCAUCAACAAGCACUCCGUUUUCUGGAUUGUGGCGUCGGUAGCUGUGACGUACUAUGCAGAUUUCCUGCACGUCAUUAUGGAGAACGAUGAUGUCAAAAGCUGGUGGUUUAACGUCGGUCUGAUACUCCUUGGGAUCUGCUUGUGUCUGGCUAUGUUUUGCAUUGUGUACCUGGAGUGGUUCAAAGGCAUUCAGCACUAUGACCAGGAGUACCCUGCCAUUCCUCCCAUUACCACUGCGGCCUUUAUUGCUGCAUCGUGCAGCUUUAAUAUUGCACUGUGGCCAGUGUGGUCCUUCUUCACUCCACUAAUCCUCUUCACACAGUUCAUGGGCGUCGUCAUGUUCAUCUCUUUGCUUGGAUGAAUGAUGAAAGGGCAAAACGCCAGAAAUGAGAAAAAGCAAGGCGUUCUCCCCAGGGUUCCCCGCUUCUCUAAAUCUCUCACCAACUCAGUUUAUCUACAUGCAAAAGACUGAUCCAAACUCACUGCUUUAAAGUGGCAUUGUUAUUGUGAUGUUCCUUUGUAUCCUUCUGCUUUUUGUGUUUGCAACACACAUUUGUAGUGUAUGCGAACAUCUAAAAUGCCAAGAUACUUGAUGCUAGAAAACGAAAGGUGUUUAUUUUUAGGUUAAGACAUCUGCUGACACUUUAUUGUGUUUUCUACUGUUUUAAUAUUUUUUUAAAUAAACUCUUGCAACCAUUUUCAAGGAAUGUGUGAACUUGACUCAGCUUUAAAUGAACAUAAAUUUAAAUGUGUUAACUGGACCCAAUUCCUUUGGGAUACAUUAUGUUCUCCAACAAAACAUUUCUGUCAUCUGCAAAGUGAAUUUUGGACCUCAGAUAAGCCUGUCACAAUAAUAAAUUAAUUGAAUGGUAAA